CACGACUUUGAUAUUCUGGGAUACCUGGCUUGUUCUCAGGGACUCAGCAGUGAAUUCCACGCUGCGUUUUUAAGAUGCUCAGGGCUCCGGGCCUGAACGCUGAAGGCUGACUGGACCGGUUGAAGUAGGAUGUCAACAAGUGACGCAGCAGAGCUGAAGCUCAGAGCUGCAGGAGAGACGGCGACGCCUCCAUGCAGAGCACCACGACCCACACGGACUCCAGCUGCAAAGAAACAGCAGGAUGAAGCAUUUCAUCGUUUCAGGCCUCAGAGUUACCAUGGUGAUCAAGCUCCAGUUGAGCAAACACACUCAGCGUGGACAUCAGGAUUAGACCGACGAAGGAAAGACGAGGUUCUUCUUCAUGCUCUUUCAGAUAUCCACAUCCAGAGUUCUGCUGGGUCCAGUUUCACCUCCAGCCUCUCCUUUAAACUCUCCAAACCAGAGGGCUCAGACCAGUCAAACCAACAUCCCAGUUUGAUCGAAACACAGCUGGUUGGGACCAAGAGCAGCAGCACCUUGCAGGUUAAUGAGGGACCUUCAUCAGCAGCCUCCAGAAAGACCACCAGCAUCUCUUUAUCAUCAGAGAAGGUUCCUUUUCCAUCCAAGAGGGAAGAGAAACUCAUCCCAAUUGUUAACCAUGAAGUGGAGGCUACCAACAAAACCCACAUUCUUUCAAAUAGUGACUGUAGACCACAUGAGCAAAAUGGCUUCCACAAAUCUCCACAUGGGUCGCAGCAGAGAAGUUCCUCUCGAUCUGUGACUGGAAUCAAGAAAGACAAACCUAUAAAGGAUAAAAUAAACCAAAGUGAUUCUGGGAGACGGUCCGACCCGUCUGUAACUAUGCUGUCCUCUACUGUGGUCACAGUUCUCGCCCCUCAUUGGAGUACUCGACUGCGCCGCAACAAAAGAUUUGAUGGAGGUGGGAACUCAGAAACUCAGGGGAAUUUACAAGAUGCUGCAAACACUGCAGUGAAGCAUGAACACGGUUUUCAGGACGGCAUGGAAAGUGUGCCGAGGAGGGUCCCACUUCUAGGCACCAGGAGGAAUACAGUAGGCUGGUCGGCUAAGAGCGAUCCUUCAAGCUUGGACUUUGAAUCUAAAAGGAAACUGACUCAGACAGUCUCUUUGGAUCCUUCAGCCACCACGCCAUCUACUGGGUCUUUCCACUUUCCCCAUCCAAGUGAACAAAGACUAAAUCCCCAAACUGGCCACCAAGAAGGACUCUCAUCUUUAAGCUCAAAUCCGACAACCAGCAGUUUGCUUCUGUCUUUUAGAAGGGUCAACUCCAACAGCAGAAACUCUAACUCAACCACAGACCCUCCAGAGGUGAGUCCUUCACCCAUGAGCUGCUCUCCAAGUGAUCGAAUUGGAAAACCGUUCAGUAAUAACAACCAGGAGAGGCCAAAGCCCCUCCUCUCCCCAUCGCCCAUUUCUUAUAACACAUCUGAACCUGGACUACUUGUCUCCCCAACAUCAACCAGUCGAAGAGACAGAAACAUAUCUGACACGCUCUUCUUUUCAGCUUCACCUGAAAACAGUCCGUUCACCCUUCAGCCUCCGACCAGACUCACAUCCUCCAAUCGCACAUUUCAGGGUGGGUCAAAUAAAAAUACAAACCCAUCCUUAGACAGCUCCACCACCUCGCCAAGACAUUCCCACUACGAUCAUUCCACCAUUGUAAAACCCCACUCUCUUCCUAGACGAACCACCCUCACAUCCACUUCCUGGUGGAAGAAAGUUUCCCAGGAAGGUGGUUCUCCUUUUAUUUUCAACGACGAUAUCAAAAACGAGACCAAAACAAACAUAGCUCCAUCCUUUAAUAGUAACAAUGACAUGGCCUCUCUGAGUCUGACCGACAACAAAAGGCCAACCUGUCAAAUUCCCAGUAACUCAGACAACAACAACACAGCGAAGCCGGUUUGCAGAGGUAACGUGAACCUCACUUUGAGGACGCAGUCAACUGAAUCAGAGAGGUUUGUUAAAGAACAAUACGGCUCAAAUUUAAACAAAGAGGCACAGAAGCCUCGCAGCAUCCUUGAUGGUUCGUCUGGUUGUAAAAGCAGCAGAUCUGCAGCACAAAUAACACAGAGGCCCACCAAGCAUGAUGUCAGUAAUACUUCAUUUAGAGCAAAUAUAACUGAAUUGAUGCCCACAGAGAGCAGCAAAUAUAAAAAUAAUGAUUGUCCACUAAAAACCAGCAGCUCCCACACAUUCUCUCAACACAUGGACUCACACAGGUUUUCAUCUCUUUCUCUUGAUUCCACCUCCGACAUCAACCGUCAAACUCCUUCUCAAGCUAUCUAUGGCCUCUCCCAGUCCCCAAACGCUAACAACACUUUUUCCUUCUAUUCUCACCCUCAAGCUCCUUCACCCCAAACUCCAAAAUUCACCAACAAAUCCAACAUCACACCGAUUGGCUUUGAGAGAAACUAUGCCUGUCUUCCCAAACCUUUCCAGCCUAAGUCUGCAUCCAGCCUGACUCCCGGAGUUUACUCUUUUUCCAAGACAAACUGCAGCCCCUUGUCAACCACUCAUGCCGCAGUUUCCUCCAGCUUAUCUCUCAGUAGUCUUUCUGUGACUCCUCCCAGGACAUCUCCCACCUCUCUUCUAACUCCCCCUGCAACUCCGGUCAUAACCAGCCCCAGUUCAGACACUUCCAGCCCCAAAGGAGGACGAUUAUUCUCCAACAGUCCAGAGAGGGAAGCAAAGAAAACUUCUAAUGGGUUAGAGGGAAAGAAAGGGAGACGAGUAACGUGGGAAGAUUCGGUGGAUGUGCAGUGCUCAGAACCAGAUCCACCUCGUAUCCAAAUGAACCCUCUAUCUCCCUCUAGACUUCCCCAAAGCAUUCCGUCCAUCUUCUCCUUUCUGCGGUCAGGCAGUCCAGGAAGGGCUUCCAACAUACAGGUGGGAAAAGGAGGCAAGUUUCGCUCCUUUUCAUCAGACUCAGCUGAGAAAACCAAGCCAAGACCAGACAGUUUGAGCUUUGACCAGGGAGGCCAGGAUAUAAACACAUUCAGGCAGGAACGGACUCUAUCGGUGGAGUCUGCCACAACUCCGUGUCGUCCCUCCGCACCUCUAUCCCUCCCUCCCGACUUCUCAAACAGGUAUAAUCUUCGUUACAGCUCCCCUCCUUACUCCACGCUCGUGUCUUCCAGGCAGGCACAUGGAGAGCCAAAGAUGACGCCACAGCAAUUCUCCAUGUUUUCACAAUCCUCCCAGCCAAAUUAUACCCCACAACUUUCCCCAAAUCCCCCCAUCAGGCCAUCCCUGCCCCUUUCCUCACCUUUCCAAAAGACAGCCAGCAGGCAAGGAAGUUCAAACUGUUUGCUUUCAGAUGCCGAUCAAAUUAAUAAUAAUCACAGCAAACACACUGACAAAGAACAGCUCAACAGCCAAAUACAACUUCUGGACAACAGAGUUCAUGUCAGCUCACAAUCUCUGCCGGGUGAUAACAUUCACAGCUCCUCUUCAACAUACGUAACCGAGACACUUGUUUAUAGCAUCAGACCCAAAGCAGGCACAGAACCGAAGAAAACCACACCCAAAUCUGUACAACAAAACACAAACAGACUGGUUUCUGUGGAGACUAAGUUAAAUCAGCCAUGCAGUGAUUCAGGUCAGAGCUCUAAUGGCAGCAGUUCUGCAGAGAGUCGUUAUGGGAGCGGCAACAGAAGCAUAAAGGAAAGCGUGUUGGGUAAAAGCAGAUUUUACUCAGUGGAAGUUAAUAAUGAACAAAGCUCAAAGAGAAGCCGCUUUGCUUUGAGGAAAAGCGUCAGCACGCCGAGCUCUGAUUUAUCAAAGUUGGACUCAGAGAGGGUCAGCAAAGGUUACAACAGGAUGGACCAGGUGUUUAACAGGCUGAGGCAAAAGUUCAGCACCAGACGGUCCGAUGAGGAUGUAACGUUUCCUUGGAAAUGGAAGCGAAGUGCCCAGGUUCCCUCUGUGAGCGGUUUGAGUGACGUCAGCAGUGUCAGCGAUAACAGUGCUGACAGCAUCAAGACUCUGGAGGACCAAGCGCAGGAGACGAGGAUGGAUCUGAGCGACGGCACCAUGGAAAUGGAUCACACAAAUACACUCAUACAGAACGACUACACAGUCAUCCCGGCCCCUGCUAUCAGAGACACAAAGACGGUAUAUCAACUCUCUGUUUGGUCAGAAACAUCAGCCCAAGAAACUGAACAGAAUAAGCUAAAUGCUCAUGAAGAGAGCUUCCCUGACAGGGAAGUUCAUCUGGCCGUCCAUGUCCCAACAAACAACCAGUUUGACCUGUAUGAAAACAACAAGAUGGAUUAUACAGCAACAAACCAGCUCCUGCCUGAUCCCAGUCCCAUUACCACUUUUCCUAAUCAGAGCAGGAAGUCUACACCCAGCCCAAGAAGUCCCUUCUCCCCAUUCUCUUCUCUCUCUCCUCUUUCCCCAUUUUCUCCUCCUGAUGUGACGGACGACAGUGUCUUCUUCAGUCCAAAGCUGCAGCGCCGCAGAGAGUCUUCCUCUCCAUGUGAGCCCAGAGAGGGAAUCAGCUUAGGAGGCUCGAGAAGAAGCCGUGCAUCCACAGGUCCUCCAAGCGUAGGUCCAGGACAGGACAAGGAGCAGUUGGCAUCCUCAUAUGCUAACUUAAAGUACGGCAUUGAGCCUGGGAGGUCAUUUUCUGUUAGUUCAGUUUUAUCUAGUCGGCCCUCAGGGCCAGGUCGCAUUUCCACUGGAUCCAGAUUCAUGAGUGUGGGGGACCUCUCUCAGUCUGCUUUUUCUUGCAGAGAUAAUGACAGAGAUUUUGGUCAGUGCCCCGUCACGCCUGACUGGACUGAAGAAUUUGGUUUCCAGCCACCUAAUGACUCUGGGAUAUCAAACUCCCCCACUGAUCCAAGUAAAAUGAGAUCCAGAUCUCUGCCUCGGUCCCUGACCCGGUGCUUGACUAACUGGAGCUCAGGGGUCCCUUCUUUCCAACCUGCGAGCGCCACCUCCUCAAAGCCAGCUCGCCUUCGGAGUCCCAACAUGAGCACUUGCCACUUUGCGUGGGAAGCUGAUGGCCCCCCAACCCCUCCGCCAACACCUCCCUUGUCUCCGGUGGCCAGACGCAUGGCCAAACCUCCCGGUCUUUCAUCUCCCACCUUUCCCACCUCAUCAGGAGCUCUGCAGCAGGCUGAAAGCCAGUCCUCCAGAGGGGGUUUGUCCUCCCGGGAUUACGUAUCAAGCCUUGGCACCUUUGAUGAAUCCUCAGACAGCAGCUCCGACACGACAACGGAUGAUGAAUAUUACUUAGAAACAGACCAGGAAGGAGAAAAAGAGACGGAGCUUUGAAAGCAGGAGGUUGUUGAAUAAGAGAGACAUGAGGGCGGCUGGGAUGGGAGGUCACCUGAUCAAUUUGUUUAUAAAAAGUUAUAGUCGCAGUCAUGGCAGGAGGGCAUCACACUGUAGGAGGAGUUUUUUUAGCAGUUUGUAUAACAUUUACAUCAUCUCGGGUGUAUAUGACUGCAGAUCUGCAACAAAUAGUUGUUUUUCAUCAUUUCUGGUCUGUUUGCAUGACAGAGGUGUGCAGUUUAUAUAUAUAAAUGUUCAGCCUUUAACAAAACUGCUUGUUUGCUUUCAUCCCGCCAGGUAUCUGAGCACAGAGGUAAAUGUGGAUAAAUGUGCUGUCGUUUGAUAUUUCGCAAUGUUUGAAAGAUUGAUCGGAAAGUUGUUCGCAUAAACAAUUUUCUUGACAACUUUUUUUAAAAGGGUGUUGCUGUAGAAAUUGUAAAAUGAGAUUAAAUAUAAUCUAUGAUUCAUAUUUUUCAUCAAAACCUCAAAGUUCUAUAUCUUGCAUCUGCUCCUAUUUGCACAGAAAUUGUCUUAAAUCUUAAUAUAAUAAUUUUAUAAAUAAAUCUGAAAUUUCUAACAAA